UGUCAUUGCAACCGAGUUAAAUUCCUUUCUCUACACUGCAAUACGCAAUCAUUAAAAGCAGAAGGACAAGGAAGCUACAUUUACGGGCGACAGAGUUACUGUUUGGAGAGACGUCAUGUCAGAUGAUAUGGCUGGCAAAUGAAUGGGGUAAAACAAUGGAGGAACUCUUCGUCCUGUCCAUGGGGCUGGCUACUGCUCCAGUCUCUCUCUCACUGUACCUCUCAUCUCUGUGAUUAUUCACAUGAGCCCCGGCAGAAAAGGAAAGCAGCCGCUGCACAAGGUCCAGCAGAGAUAGCCCGGGACAGAAGGGAAUACACACAGAGGAAUAAGGUGCUGCAGCCCUUUCUGGACCAGGCCAGGUGAACAGCUUGCUUCAGGAAUCAGUGACUUAUCCAGUGUCGUUAUGGCAAAGACUGCAAGGACAGUGUGAAAUACUGGUGUAAAGGACACACCAAGCAGUUCUGUGACAUUGUGGUAAAAACUGAUGCCCUCCAGACAAACAACAGGAUAUCCAUUAGAGAUAAUAAAACUGAAGGAGUGUUCACUGUAACUAUGAGGGAGCUGAGAGAAGAGGAUGAAGGAUGGUACUGGUGUGGAAUAGAACAAACCGGCUUUGAUGAAGGCACUUCUGUGCAUCUCACUGUCAACAAAGGAACAUUGAAACCAACCACUGGGACACCAAAAACAACAAUACCAAGAACAACAGAAAGAGCAGCCCCAGCCACUGCAAGCACUGCUGUGAACAUCUCUUCAUCUCCUGGACAAACAGGACCCACUGCUCAACGAGAAGGGGAUACCAGUAUUUUAACGAUAGUUCUUUCAGUUGUCUGCGGAUGCCUGCUGUUGUUGUGUAUGCUGUGUCUAAUGAUCAGGAUGAAGAUUAACAGGGAUAAACAAAAAGGAAACAUAAUGAGCAGCACACAACCUUCCCCAACAUGUACAACAGUAAGAUUUCAGAACAAUGCACAGAUGCCAGCAAGUGAUGAUGGAAUCUAUGCAAGUAUGAAUUCUUCCCAGAGGCAAACACAAGAACUGCAUUCUGAUUCCGAGGACGGUUCCACUGAUAAUGACUUGAUCAGCAGUCACGCAGAGGCACAGUAGAAAAACACCAAGCGUCCCGGAGCGCCUGGAUGUAAUCCAGUCCUGGGACACCUGCAUGAAGUGCUUGAGUCGCAGAAACUAUACCUCCUUGUGUGAAUAGCUGGGGAGCAAAAAAUGAUCAGGUUCUCAUUAAAUGUAGGGCAAAUGGCAUAUAACUGUUGCCUUCAAUAUUAUGUUCAACUAGUCGUUGUAAUAAAUACAACACAGUAAACACUGUGCUUUUUCAAAUUUGUAUUCAGAGAUCCUCACCUCAGUCUCCAUGACUAAGUGGGUUAUCAGCGAAAUGCUUGGGCAGUGGGUUUAUUUUUCAGGAUUUGGUUGGUAUUGAUGAUUAUUGAAAUUGCUUUUUCAUUUGUGUAGGAUAUCUUAAUCAUUAUUCAACUGUAUGACUUUUCUAACAAUUGCCUGUGUAGCAUUGCCUUGGUUUAAUCUGCUCAUAUCUCUGAUUUAUUGUAUCUGUAUAGCUGUGCUACUAAGGACUAGCUGAAGAUUACUGCUUUCCCUAUUCUAGUAACACUUUGGUAUCUCUGUCUUCAUAUAUAACUUUUGUAUUUGCUGUUGAAAUAAAAUAUAUAAAUAUAUAAUAA